CGACCCGACCCGAUCCGACCCUACUGCAUUGUACUCGCACCCGUACUCGAUCACCCGCCGAGAUUCCUGCGCGACAAAAGCACGACUGCCCUCCUUCUUGAUAUCAUUUCAUCGUCAAGGGACUGGCUGCACCUCCUAACCCAUCCACAUCCACACAGUAGCCAUUAUUCGACGGACCCGACCCCUUCGCCCCGCAUCCCCAAACCCCAGGCGUCCUUCCUGCCCUUCCCAGCACGCCCAGACGGACCAGGACCAGGACACACACGUCUUUAUGGCUAGUAUCUGAGUACUCGCGGGCAACACCUAGCCUUGGCCUAGCCUGGUCGCAGUACAGCGUAGUCCAGGGACGCUCUUUGUUCCAGCAUCAUCUAGACCACCACUCAUUACUUACCCGCGAGCGACAACGACUCUUGUGAGGCGAGUUACUCCGACAACACCGUUGCGGCCAUGGCCGCCCAAAUGCCUAUGAUGGGCCCUGGAGGGCAGAUGCGGCCUCGCGUGCCACAGGGGAACCUUCCUGGCGUCCUCAUGAACCUGCUCAUUUCGGAGCAGCAGAAGAUGGGGCCACCACAAGGCUGGCAGGCCGCGCUGCCCAUGCAAAACCGUGUACAGGUCGCUCACAACUUGUUCACCAAUGCCAUGCUGGCUAUGCCACAGAACGACCAGAGCGCGACCAUUAGCCAAAUCGUUGGCUUUGAGAAACAGGUCUUCGUGGAGUCACCGUCGAGAGAGGUCUACGACCAGAAAAUCAGAAGCAAAAUACAGGAGCUGUUUAUAAAACGCCAGCAGCAAGAGCCCAAUUUGCAAAACACCAUCAACCAGCAAGCUGCCCAGAUGCAGGGUCUUCCUCCCGGCAUGAUGAACCAGCCCAACAUGUUAAAUCAGCACAUGAGAAUGGGCCAAACCCCCCAGCAAGGUUUUCAGCACCUUCAGCAACAAAUGCAGGCCUCGCCUAUCCCUGGCCAAGCACAGCCUGGCAUGGGCAUGCCAAAUCCAGGUGCGAAUGUUAUGAAUCCCAAUCCUCAACAGCCCAUGCACAUGGGAGCUCCCUCAAUGCGCCCCCAAGGUGCAGGUCCACAGCAACUCGCACCUCAGGACCGACAACGCAUCCAAAAUAUGGCCGUUGCCAAGUUCAAUUCCAUGUCUGAUCAGGAGAAAAUACAACUGCGGAAUACGGCAAACCAAAAAUUCGCGCCUCAGCUUUUACAAGCUUUACAGGCCAAACAUAUGGACCCGGCCAUUUAUUUUAUUCAGCAAAAUAUUCAGAUUCAGAUGAGCGCUAAGAUGGUCAACAUGUCUCCCAAUGGGCCCAUGAACGCCGCUGCUCUGCAGAUGCAAGCGCAGCAGCAGCAGCAACAACAACAGCACCAGCACCAGCAACAGCAACAGCAACAGCAACAACAACAGCACCAGCAACAGCAGCAGCAGCAGCAACAGCAACAACAACAGCAACAACAGCAGCAGCAGCAACAACAGCAGCAACAGCAGCAGCAACAGCAGCAGCAGCAACAGCAGCAGCAGCAGCAACGUUCAGCUAAUCCUGGCAGCGUCAAUACUGGUGGUCAGCAGCAAGGUGCAACUGCGGCAGGUGAUCUAGGUCCCUUCUCUAAUGCCGAGAUCAUGAACCAACAAAAAGCAGGUUUGAUGGCUCAGGAGGCUGGACAAAUGGUUGUUCCAGCGAGUGGACCCGGUCGAAAUAACACUCCGCAACCGAUGAGUGGUGGUCCUGGUCAAAACCAAGCUGGAAGUCAACAGGCACCCAGUCAAGGCGGACGUCCACAGCACCAACAGCAACCAUUUAACAUGCAACAGAACCAGCAGAUGCAGAUGGAUCAGGCCGCCGCCAAGACGCAGGCUCAAAUUCGAGCUCAGGCUCACGCAAAACAGAUGCAAGGUCAGCCAGGCGGUCUUGGCGGUCCCGCGCAGAUGUCCCAGAGCCCUGCUAUGAACACCCUCAACGCUCCCGUCCAACGGCCACCCGUGGCAAUGGGACAGCAACCGCCCAUGAACCAAGCUAAUCUACCUUUCGGACAAACGCUGGACCCACGAUUCAAUCAAGGUAAUCAGCGACCCCAGCCUGGAUCCAUUGCGAAUAGAAAUCAGUUAAUGAGUUUCAUGGCGCAAAGCAUGACACCCGAACAGCAGCAGGCUCUUCGAAACCUAACGCCCGACAAACAAAAUGAAGUCUUGGCUCGGUGGUUUGCCUCGCAGAGAAAUCAACAAAUGGCUGGUCGUCCUCAACCGCAGCCUGGUCAAUUCGGCCAGGGAAACCCAAUGGCACAGUUUGCUCAAGGUGCCAAUAUGGCCGCGCCGCAGGCCAACGGCUCCAUUUCCAUGAAUACGCAGAACCCUGCCCUGGUUCAACAACACUUAAAUAGGAUGCGCGCCAACGGGGUCAAUCAGUCCUCUUUCCCUGCAGAUCCAGCUGCGGCGGGCCCUUUCAUGGAUUCAUUGGACAUACCACCUAACGUCCUCAGUCAGAUAUCAAACUUACCCCCCACAGUCAGGAAAUGGGGUCAGCUCAAGCAGUGGAUGGCACAGGCCAGUGUGCACCCAAACACUCAAGCCAAAUUACUACAAAUACAGAACAUGCAAGUUGGGAGAAUAAUGAAUCAACGUGCCCAGGCAGCCGGGGGAGUGUCAUUGCCUCCGGGUGUUCCUCAGCCUCAGGGGCCCCAGGGGCCAGGAAUCGGCCAAAUGCAGCCUCAACAUCCCAAUCCUGCCAUGCAAAUGGCUAUGCACAACAUCACGGUGACAUCACAAGAGAUACAAAGCGCACGAGCAGCAAGCGAGAGAUUCAGCACUUGGGAUGACGGACGGGUAAGGCAGUACCUUGUUCAGCUUAAGCAACACCAGAUGAAAAACAAAAUCAUGGCUGGUCAGCAACAAGCACAACCUGCUCAGCCAAACCAACCCACCGCCAUUAACUCCGCACCGCCAAAUCAAACCGCCCCUGCGCCUGUCCCAGCUGCUCCGCAAAGAGCGCCCAGUACUACUGAACAGCCGGUCUCCGCUGGCCCUAUCAAGGCUCAGAAGCCUGGGUCUGGAAAUCGCUCAACGCAACAACAAAAUUCGUCUCCGGCGAUCCCUCAGAGACCUAACAAGAGAAGUAGUGACGAUGUGGUGGAAGUGCCGGCUCCAGCUGCAACACCGGUUCAGCGCACGCCCUCGCAGCCCUCUCAACCACUGGCAGGUCCUCCGAAGAUGACAGCGGCGCAGCUCGCUUCUUUGACGCCGGAACAAAGGAUCAAGUACGAACAAUUCAUCAAGAAUCGCCAGGCCCACCCUGCACAGGGCAAGUCGGAAGAUUUUGAACGCCUCAGGAGUAUUGGUAUCGAGAUUCAGCGGCAGUCUCAACAAGAAGUACUCCCGGACGUACCAAUGAGCCCACAGCAACAUGCAGAGAUGGCCCGAGAUAUCCAGUACAUUAUUGGCGAGAUGAACAAAGUUGGUAAGAUUUUGGGAAGAUGGUAUUCCCUGACACGUGAUGACAAUCGAGCCAAGCAAUACUUCACAAUGCGUAUACGGCUUAUCAAACAGUUCAAAGAUGGGGAGGCGUCCACGCAGCCGAGAGAGACAUUCUCGAUCGAGCGCAGUCAUGUUACAGAAGCCAAGGCACUUCUGGGCAGUAUGGCACAAGAUUUAAAGGCAGCGGCGGCAGGAGGACAGAGAACCGCGGCGGCUCAGGGCGUAAUGGACACAGGUCAGCAACAAGGAACCCCAGCCCAACCCGCCACGUCAGGGCAAUCUAUCCCUCUGAGCGCAGCAAAUCUAGACAAGCACAACAAGCACGUACGGUCGAACAGCAGGCAGGGUCCACCAGCUGCUCCAACGUCGAGCCAACCUCCGUUCCAGAUACCCUCUGCCCCUUCACCUCACGGUGUACCGACUUAUAGCACCAACAAUGGUGUUCUCGAGCUUCAGCUUCCCAACAAGAGGCGGAAAUACGGCCCUGGACAAUCUACGGGUGCGAGCGCCAGCCCGCAGUUGGGCAAGCAAGCCUCUCCGGACGCCAAGAAAGAAAACAUCCCCGAGCCUCAAUUCCCUUGCCCAGAGCCGGAUUGCGAAUCCAGCCAGUUCGCAUUCUUGACUGAGGAGGCUCGCCGUAUACACAUCCAAGAAGAGCACGUUAAGCCUCACGAAAAUCCCAUGAAAUUUGUCUUCGACGCCUACACAGACAGCCUUGGUUUUGGCUCUAGCGGUAACCUGAGGUCGGAUUCCAUCGCGGCAGCCGCUUCACUAGGGGUCGCUUCUUCCCGGCAGGGACAGGCUCCGGCCGCUGCACCCAUGUCGCGCGGUCCGUCCAUGAAGAGGCAGGAGAGCGCGCCAGGUCCGGCGGAGGCUUUCAGAGAUGCAGUCACUAAGAUGCCCGGGCAAAAGCCCACAUUGAUCAAAGCGGAAGACGAUGCGACCGUGCAACAAACAGUGGCCGAAAUACCUUUCCAAUUUGGAACCAUUGAUCCACAGGAUCUGUUUCAGAAUCUGGGUGGGCUACAGAGUGGCGGGGGCGGCGCCAUCUCGGAUAUGAACGUGUAUCGAUCAGUGACACCCAAUGAUACUCCAGAAUCGAGCAAGGAUAGUGCUUCGUCGGAGCCAACGAGUGAUGUGUCAGAAGGUGUGGCACUCAACGUGACCUUGGAUAUGGGGUUCGAUACCUGGCAACCGUUUGAUGGUGAUCGAUACAUGAACAUGGGCUUGGAUGUAGAAUUGGAUCUGCUCGAGGCAAACAACGUCGACAUGGCAGGGAGUUCCGGCUUGAUGGAAAUGCCUUCUUGGGAUGAGAUGCAACCAGAUUUCACGAAACCAUUUGCGCUAGACACUAGUCUUUUCGCUCUAGACACAUCUUCGUGA